UUCUUCAACUCUACCAAAAACCUAAGCCUCACUCUCUCCGACUCUUUUUUGUCGAUCUCCUUCUCCAGCAGCUACAAUCCGGCGACAUUUCACCCUCCUCGACGAACCUCCUGUUGAUGUUUCGGACGAGUAUUGGUUCCAGUUUCAGAGCUUUAGCAUUCCCGCCAAGAUCCUUCAACUAUCUCCCGCGUUCACCACUCAAGCGUUCAUCAGUUCGGAUGGAGAAUCUCACCUUUUCUUCCGAACCUACCGCGAAGCCGAGAGGUGCUUUGAUAGUCGUAGAAGGUCUUGACCGCAGCGGCAAAUCAACGCAGUGCGCUAAGCUACGCUCUUUCCUGGAGAGUUCAGGUCAUCCGACAGAGCUCUGGAGGUUUCCCGACAGAGAGACAAGUGUCGGUCAGAUGAUAUCCGCCUACUUAUCCAACAAGUCUCAGUUAGAUGAUCGCACCAUUCAUCUCCUCUUCAGCGCCAACCGUUGGGAAAAGAGGUCGUUGAUGGAGGAGAAGCUUAAGACGGGAACUACGCUUAUCGUUGAUCGUUAUUCUUAUUCUGGUGUGGCUUUCUCAUCGGCUAAAGGGCUCGGGAUGGAGUGGUGCAAGGCGCCGGAAGUCGGGUUGCUGGCGCCGGAUUCUGUGGUAUACCUUGACAUUUCGCCUGAGAGAGCUGCUGAGAGAGGUGGAUAUGGAGAUGAGAGGUACGAGAGAGUUGAUUUUCAGAGGAAAGUUGCUGGCUUUUAUCAAACUCUACGUGAUUCUUCUUGGAAGAUUAUCGAUGCGGGGGAGAGUAUGGAGGAAGUAGAGAAGAAGAUUCAACAGGUGGUGUUGGAUAAAGUUCAAGAGUGUGCUCAUGGAAAGUCUCUUUCUCUCCUCUGGUCAUCUUGAUGAUUUUUUAACAGGAAAUCCAGUCUUGUAGAAUGUUUGUGUUAUGGUGUUGAUUAUACCAAGUUUGUGUGAUUUUGAAAGACUACUAUUAUAUCAACGUAAUACGUAUUUUGCAUAA